AUGAAAGAACCCCGGAUUUUCCCUAGAGAGCGGCCAACUCCUUGGACUCGUGCUCCGUUGCCACCUCGAGGACGGCUGGACGGUUCCCUGGGACCACAGGGAGGGCCUGUUAUGAACACAGGCCACCCAAUGGGUGUGAACUCAGAUCCUUUUCUUGUGGCAGCGGGUUCUCUUGGUGGAAACCUGGCUCCAUUUCCAAGGAAUCCAACUCCGUUUCCAAGUUCAUCAGGCUCAUUGGCAUCGAAUCCAGCGCAUUUUCCUGCUGGUGCUCGUGACCCAAGCAUGGCUUCUUUUCCAAGAGGGAUGAAUCCCGCUGGCACAGGUGCAGUUUCUUUCCCAAGGCCAGGUGGCCUUUUGGGACCAGGACCAGGACCAGGUUUAAACCCUAGAACAGGGGCUCUUCCAGGCCCAGGGCCUAUGUCUAACCCCAGAUUAGGAGGCCUUCCUGGCCCUGGUCCAAUGGCCAACCCGAGGGCAGGUGGGCUCCUGGGAGCGAGUCCUGACCCUAGAAGUGGUGGCCCCAUGGGCCCUGGUUGUGGACCCAACCUGAGGGCAGGUGUUUUGUCCUCUGGGACUGGUCCUCCCAAUCCUAGGCCAGUUGGCCUGGGUCCUGGACCAAGUCCAAACCUGCGAUCAAGCUUUUUAGGUACAAACCCAGGCCCUAGGUCGGGUAUGUUUCCAGGCCCAGGCCUGGGGCCCAACCCAAGAGCUGGUGGCUUAGGUCCAGGCCUUGGGCCCAACCCAAGAGCUGGUGGCCUAGGCCCAGGCCCAAAUCUGGAUACCAGAGCGGGUGGCCUCUUGGGUACAGGUUCUGGUCUUAACUUAAGAAUGGCUGGACCUCAAGGCUUAGAUCUUGCCCCCAUUCUGAGGGCAGCAGGUCUUUUAGGAGCAAAUUCAGCUUUUUCACAGGCUUCUGGAAACAUGGGCACAAACCCAUCCACCAUGACAAGAGUACCUGGCCCCAUAGGCCCAAACACAGGUCCUAGCUCCCGAGGAAUUGGCCUUCCAGGGCCAAAUCCCUCUCCCAUGUCAAGGGCUCCUGGCCCCAUGGGCCCUAAUUCAGCUCAUUUCUCAAGGCCAGGUGGCCCCAUGGGGGUAAAUGCUGGAGCCUUUCCAAGGGGGACAGGAUCAGGAGGAAUGAACCCGUCUGCCUUCUCUCAGUCUUCUGGCACAUUGGCUUCAAAUCCAGGUACCUUUCAGAGGCCCACUGGCCUCCAGGGCUCAAAUCCAGCAAUUUUUCCAAGAGCCUCUGGGGCACUAGGCCCCAACCCAGCUAACUUUUCAAGGGCCGCUGGUCCAGGUCCAGCUGCCUUCCCGAGGUCUGCUGGUCCAUUAGGCCCAGGUCAAGUUGCUUUCCCCAGGUCAGCUGCUGGACACCUGGGCUCUUCUCCAGCUGGCCCGGUGGGUAUCAACCCAGCUCCUUUUGCGAGGCCAACAGGGUCCCUGGGUCUUAACCCAGCUUCCUUCCCAAGGAUGAAUGGCCCUGUAGUUAAGACUUUGGUCCCAUUUCCUAGGGUGGGCAGCCUCCCUGGCUCGAAUCCAGCUGCUUUCCCUAGACCAGGGGGUCCAAUGGCUGCAGUGUACCCAAAUGGGAUGUUACCCCCUUAAUUACCAUUUUUCUUCCAGGGCCACUUUGUUUUUCAAGCACUGUGGUUCUGGGCUAGGCCUGUCUUUUAGAUAAAAAGGUAGAUGUGGAGCUACAGUCUGAAGAACAUAGCUGGGGCUCAAGUUCAAGUGAGCCUUCUUUUUCCUCUGCUUUUUUUCUUGACUGAAGACACGGACUAUGGCAGGUAGGGAUGAUCCUGGCCUCAAGAAAAAGGGUCGCUGGCCUUCUGGAAACCUGCUGUGCUUUUGUCCCACAGCUUUCUGCCCCUUUUUUCUUACUGGUUUCUUGAAUUGUUCUCGUGGACUUUUCCUCAGGGAUACACUGGCCUGCAGGUCCUGUUUCCCCGCUCACCACUGGAAGGUCGGCUCACUUGCUAUCAAGUGAUGCUGCGUUGGUGAGCAGGCCACACUUCAAUAACUCUGGCUGGGCAUCCUGGACCUGGUCAUGUUCUACUGCCAGACCUUUCCCUGGGGGCUUGGACACCCACAGCACAGACCCACAUUUCUGCUUGUCUGGGCCUGCAACUCCUUUCUCCUGGGAAUUAGAGGUGGCCAGAUUUAAGGUUCCUUCGAUCAUCCAGCUCCCUCUCCACUGGUACUCCCAAUCAAAGAACUGCAAAACUUAAAACUGAUAUGGAUGGGAAUUGGGGAACUAGGGUGGGGGUGGAGGGAUGAAAGGGAGAAUCACUGUGCUUUGUUCAGCCUGAUGUGAAGGAUGGUUGGUGUUUUUCCUGCAUUGUAUCUUUUCUUACUGUUUCUUUAAUAAAUGGGAUGAGAGGGC